AUGACAGGAGCUGGAGAAGAGAAAGUGGCGUGGAGGUGUUUAACUAGAGAUGUUGUUCCGUUCGCUGCGAUGUUUGCGGUUGAAUGUUUCUCAGUUGGGUCAAACACACUUUACAAGGCUGCAAGCCUAAGAGGAUUAAGCUUUUAUGUCUUUGUCUUCUACUCUUAUGUUGUUUCAACGCUUCUCCUUCUUCCACUUUCCUUUAUCUCUGGAAGGUCAAGAAGUUUACCUUCAGCAAAGUCUCCUCCCCUCUUUAAGAUUUUCUCACUUGGGAUGCUCGGGGUCAUGGGGCAGAUAGCAGGAUGUAAAGGAAUAGAAUAUAGUUCCCCAACUCUUUCCUCUGCUAUCAGCAAUCUCAUACCAGCUUUCACCUUCACCCUCGCCGUUAUCUUCAGGAUGGAAAAAGUAGUGUUACGGAGCUCUGUGACUCAGGCUAAAAUCAUCGGCGCAAUAGUAUCUAUAUCUGGUGCUUUGGUUGUUGUGCUAUAUAAAGGCCCAAAAGUUCUUGCUUCUGCAUCUUUUACACCUUCAUCAUCUACCAUUUCGCUUCAACAGAAUUUAACUACAGUCGAGUCAAGCUGGAUAAUAGGAGGCCUUCUGCUUGCUUCACAGUGUUUUCUUGCUUCAAUCUGGUAUAUUGUUCAGGCUAGGAUCAUGGAGGUAUACCCUGAAGAAGUAACUGUAGUCUUCUUCUACAACUUAUCUGCAACGCUAAUCUCAGGACCAUUAUGCUUAUUUGCGGAAAGCAACUUGACUUCUUGGGUGCUUAAACUGGAUAUUUCCCUCGCUGCAAUCAUAUUCUCGGGGGUCUUUGUUUCAUUGUUUGGCGCAGUCAUUCACACAUGGGGUGUGCAUUUGAAAGGUCCGGUCUAUGUAUCCUUGUUCAAGCCAUUGUCUAUUGCAAUUGCAGUCGCCAUGGGUGCUAUAUUCCUCGGCGAUGCACUUCACCUUGGGAGUGGGGAAACGAGGGCUAUGAUGAUGAUUGAUGCAUGCAGAGCAUUCAACAACACUAGGUCUUCAUCAUUGAAACAGAAUGUUCAAAUACCUAUCAUGAGAGGAGCUGGAGAAGAGACAGAGGCGUGGAGGUACUUUAAGAGAGAUGUUGUGCCGUUUGCUGCAAUGUUUGUAGUUGAAUGUACCACGGUUGGGGCAUACACACUGUACAAGGCUGCAACAUUAAGAGGAUUGAGCUUUUAUGUUUUUGUCUUCUACUCCUAUGUUGUUUCCACAGUUCUCCUUCUUCCACUUUCUUUCAUCUUUGGAAGGGUCAUUGGGCAGAUAGCUGGUUGUAAAGGUAUAGAAUACAGUUCACCAACUCUUGCCUCUGCUAUGAGCAAUCUCACACCAGCUUUUACAUUCACCCUCGCCGUUAUCUUCAGGAUUGAAAAAGUAGUGUUACGGAGCUCUGGGACUCAGGCUAAAAUCAUUGGCGCAAUAGUGUCUAUAUCUGGUGCUCUGGUUAUUGUGCUAUAUAAAGGUCCAGAAGUUCUCGCUGCUGCAUCUUCAACAUCUACCAUUUCACUUCACCAGAAUAUAAUUUCAGUCGAGUCAAGCUGGAUAAUCGGAGGCCUUCUGCUUGCUUCACAGUAUUUUCUUGCUUCAGUCUGGUAUUUUCUUCAGACUAGGGUCAUGGAGGCAUACCCUGAAGAAAUAACCGUAGUCUUCUGCUACAACUUAUUUGCAACGCUAAUCUCAGCACCAGUGUGUUUCUUAGCAGAGAGAAACUUGAGUUCUUGGGUGCUUAAACCUGAUAUUGCCCUCGCUGCAAUAGUAUACCAGGGAGUCUUUGUUUCAUUAUUCAGCGCAAUUAUCCACACAUGGGGUCUGCAUCUAAAGGGUCCGGUCUACAUAUCAUUGUUUAGGCCUUUGUCUAUUGCGAUUGCAGUCGCCAUGGGUGCUAUAUUCCUCGGCGAUGCUCUUCACCUUGGGAGAAAUCUACACUUGAAGCGUGUUGACGAGCGUAUCGAAAUACUAACCGUUGGAUCAAAACCUCCACCUGGGAAAGAGUAUCAACGAUCGUCUCAAAAUCGGACAUAUUAUUUUGACGAUCAUCGUCUCGCCGGAAGCAUCAAACGGGACCGGCGACGGCAAAGUCCACUCCGUAAGCCGUGCGACUGUACAUCGAUGGAGAUUGCAGCGUUGGUGUUAAUUUCAGUGGAAGGUGGAAUAGGAAGUUUUGAUAAAUCGAUCAAAUUUUCCCUUCUGAAGAUGAAGCUGAGAUUAGCGAACAAAUCUUUGAGCUGGAGUGAGGAUUCUUCUGAUCGCUGCUGCAUUAUGCGUUGA